AUUUCAGAUUUGAACAGAAUGUUAACGCCACACACCUUGGGAAUUCAUAAAUUUCUCAGGCUUCUAAAUCCGCUUGUUAGACCGGCCCUCAACAUCAAACCUAACAGACGACUAAAAAAAGCCGUGAAUAUCGCAGAUGUAAGGUUAUGCGCUGAAUCAAGAGUACAUAAAAUGUGCUUCGGAUACCUGGACAGUGGGGGUGAUGAUGAAGUUACCUUGAGAAGAAACAAAGAUGCUUAUUCUCAGUUAGAGAUGCAUUUUCAUGUUUUGUCUGGCCUAGAACCACCUCUAGACCUCAGUACAAAAAUAUUCGGACAGGAUGUAAAAAUACCAUUCUUUGCCUGUCCUACUGCUGGGAAUAGAAUGUUUCACACUGAGGGAGAACUUGCUGUUGCUAAAGCCUCUAAAGAACAUGGGAGUCUCUAUUGUCUAUCCUCAAUUUCAACCUCAAGUAUGAAGGAGAUAUCUGAAAUCCUACCUCAAGACUAUCCAAAACUUUUUCAGGUUUAUGUGUGGAAGGAUCGGGCUCUACUAAGAGAUAUCCUGGCACAAGCAAAGGAGAACGGAUUUCAAUCUUUGGCUUUAACAGUUGAUUUCUCAUGGUAUGGAAACAGGGAGAGAGAUAUUAGAAAUAAUUUUACUAUUCCUCCAGCAUAUACCCUAAAUCAGAUAUGGGAAGCCUGUAAACGACCCGCUUGGACUUGGGACUUUCUAUCCAACCCUGCUUAUACAUAUGCUCUUAUCAGGAACGAUGUUCACGCAGAUAGCUUAGCAAACUUCAUAAACAGUCAGCUUUAUCCUGCCUUCAGCUGGAAAGAUGCGGAAUGGCUUUGUUCGGAGUGGGAUGGACCUAAAGCUAUAAAGGGGAUCUGUCGACCAGAUGAUGCAAAGAGGGCUCUAGAUGCAGGAUUUACAAGUAUAUGGGUUUCAAACCAUGGUGGCAGACAACUUGAUACCAGGUACACAUUAUAGUUUAAAGUUACAUGAUCCAAACCAGUACAUGGAUGCGGAUCUAGUCUUUACCUUACCAUCCGUCUAGUGUAAACAAAACAUGGUUGAUUUAACACGUUUAAUGCAACAGAAUAAGGCGGGCUUAAUUAUAGUGAAAAAGGAUGGUGGCAUUUUUCCCUUUUUUAGAAAUAUAA